GCGUCAAAGCGUUCACACACUGGUGCGCACAUAUUUGGUGUCUUAAACAAGGUUCUACUCUCUAUUGGCCCAGAGCGAUUUCGUGGAAUAUCCUCUGACUCGACAGGCAACACCUCUGUUGCGCGGAAGCUUGUGAAGAACCAGUACCCAUGGAUUAUCAUCUUGCCUGACCCCUGCCAUCGUGCAAAUCUUCUUGCUGGGGAUAUUUGUCGCCUACCCUUUUUUGCACCGGUCAUUCGAAAGGUUCAGCGGACCCUUAAGUUCUUCAAAAAGUCGACGCAUGCGACCAGUCAUCUCAAGGCUGCUCGUAAGGAGCAAGGUAUAGGCCGUGGUCUGGUCUCUGUUGGUAAAACUCGGUUUGUGAUGCUGUACCAUGCGGGGAGGUCUGUACAGCGCUGUUAUCCAGCAAUCGAGUCAAUAGUCACAAAGAAGACGGUAACACUACCGGUAUGUCUUAAAGUGAAUGACUGGCACUGUGUUAAUUAUUGUUCCCAGACGGACUGCAAUUCCUGUUUUUUUAGAAGUGAGCUUGCUUGCUUGGUUGCGGUACUUGCCCCAAUUGCGAAGGCAACGACGUGUCUUGAGGCCACCAACAUCGACGUCUCAAGUGUCUAUGAGUUUUGGCUAGCCAUUACCGCCUCGAUGAAAGACAUCCUCACGACAGAAAAUGAGGAUUUCGAAAUACCUGCUCAUGCUUCUGAACAGAUCCGCCGCCGCGUCAAUUACAGAUUUAAUCAAAUGGUAAAUGAAACCCCAGAUGAUGUCUACUUGACAGGUUUUGUGCUGAACCCG